AUGGCGUGCAAUUCGUUCAUCUUUCUCGAUCGGUCCUAUGAAACAGAUAAAUGUCGACUUGACAAAAUGCUUGAUUACUACGCUCGAUGUGGAUUCAAUUACCAGAUUCUAUUUUAUCCUGAAGGGACCGACAAAUGUCCCUUGGCAACAGAGAGAAGUAGGAAGUAUGCAGAAAAAAACCAGCUCGUACAUUAUGAAUACGUUCUCCAUCCGCGGACCACUGGCUUCGUCCAUAUGAUUCAAAAUAUGAGAAGAGCCGGCUACAUCGACUAUAUUUAUGAUGUCACCAUAGGGUUUGGUGACUGCAUCGUACAGUCAGAGGUGGAUUUUGUUAAAUAUGGCGCUUGUCCGAAGGAUGUGCACUAUCAAGUUCGAAGACUCAACAUUAGUGAUAUACCUAAAGGUGAUGAAGAACUAGCCAAGUGGAUCAUUGACCUGUGGAACGAAAAGGAACAGAAAUUACGCAAAUUUUAUUCAUUGGAUCCAGAGCAUCGAACGUUUGAAAACACUCCCGGUGGACGGGACUAUGAGAUGAGCAAUUCUGUGUUCGGAGGACAGCUUGUGAUCAACUUCUUUUGGAUUUUGACGACAGUUAUGUGGGUCUACGGAUUCUUCAUGAUCCCAUACAUGUGUUCAUUCGCUUUCAUGUCGUCGUCGAUCUUCUUCUUCAUCCAGCGUCACUGGGGAGGUAUUGAAUGGCUUGCCAUCGAAAAAUUCAAUUUUCCAGAGAAGGCGAAGAGCUCCUGA